AGAGCUGAGAGCAAGAUGGCUGCCACCAAGAGGGUGCUGUACGUGGGUGGGCUGGCAGAGGAGGUGGAUGACAAAGUUCUUCAUGCUGCUUUUAUUCCUUUUGGAGACAUCACAGAUAUUCAGAUUCCUCUGGAUUAUGAAACAGAAAAGCACCGAGGAUUUGCUUUUGUUGAAUUCGAGUUGGCAGAGGAUGCUGCAGCAGCCAUCGACAACAUGAAUGAAUCUGAACUCUUUGGGCGGACAAUUCGUGUCAAUUUGGCCAAACCAAUGAGAAUUAAGGAAGGCUCUUCCAGACCAGUUUGGUCAGAUGAUGACUGGUUGAGGAAGUUUUCUGGGAAGACUCUUGAAGAGAAUAAAGAGGAAGAAGGGUCAGAGCCUCCCAAAGUGGAAACCCAGGAGGGAGAGCCUGCUGCAAAAAAGGCCCGGUCAAACCCUCAGGUGUACAUGGACAUCAAGAUUGGGAACAAGCCAGCCGGCCGCAUCCAGAUGCUCCUGCGUUCAGACGUCGUUCCCAUGACAGCAGAGAACUUCCGGUGCCUGUGCACCCACGAGAAGGGCUUUGGCUUCAAGGGCAGCAGCUUCCACCGCAUCAUCCCCCAGUUCAUGUGCCAGGGCGGCGACUUCACGAACCACAACGGCACCGGUGGCAAGUCCAUCUACGGGAAGAAGUUUGAUGACGAAAACUUCAUCCUCAAACACACGGGGCCAGGCCUGCUCUCCAUGGCCAACUCCGGCCCAAACACCAACGGCUCCCAGUUCUUCCUGACGUGUGACAAGACGGAUUGGCUGGAUGGCAAGCACGUGGUGUUUGGGGAGGUCACGGAAGGCCUGGACGUCUUGCGGCAGAUUGAGGCCCAGGGCAGCAAGGACGGGAAGCCCAAGCAGAAGGUGAUCAUCGCCGACUGUGGGGAGUAUGUGUGACGGGCGCUGUCUCUGUGCUGCCCCUGCGUAUCCAGGAGAGUCAGCCCCAGGGAGCCAGCACCUGAGGGUGUCCCGUUUGCAGCAAGCAGGGCUUUGUGCCAGGGCCCUUCCUCGGGCCAGCGUGGGCAGCUCCUCUGCGGGCACGGCCUGGGCUCACUCUGGGCUCUUGCCCAAGUGUGGCCGUGGGCCUGGAGCUGGCACAGGCACUGCCCUCCCCACUGUGGACGGCCGUGCAUGGCCUUUCUGUGGCCUCUGUGCCAGGGCAUCUCCUGGGCCCUCGAGUGUGGCUCCUGGACACUCCUUCUGGUGAAAUAAAUCCUAGUUCUUGUUCUGCUGCCUGCA